GGACUCUGAUUGGGUCGCUGAGGGCUCAGAAAAAAAGAGGUGACGCCAUAUUGUAAGCUCCCGAAACAAGCGCCGCAUUUCUGCCAAAAAAAAAAUGACAAAAUAGCUUACUUUGUCGACAGUAGGACGCUAAGAUGGCUCACAGUGGGGCAAUGCAAGAGGCAGCUGUGGGGGAUUGCUCUGCCAAGCAGGGGUCUAAUGUCUGCCUUCGAAGUCGUUCAAGCUCCAGCGAGAGAGACGGUCAGGUACGGGCUGUCAAAGCUGCACUUCAGUCCAGGCUGGGGCCCUAUGAGCCCGUCCUGACCUACCUGCAGUCUGUCCUGGUGUGGGAAAAACCCUUUCAGUGUGUCCUUCUCUACGUUGUGGUAAACAUUGUGUUCUGGUUCUUCGCUUUGACCUCACUGCGCCUGCUGUUCUUGCUGGCUUCUGGCCUGGCUGUGCUCGUCUGUGUUGAUACCUGGAGAAAUAAGAUCUGGCCAGAAAUUAGAGUUAGAAGGCUGGAUGAAUCAGAAAAUGAGAGCUGGGGUCUGGUGCAUCCUGGCAUCCUCAGUGUGCCCGAAGUGUGUCACCAUGUUGCUGAGGCCUGGGUCAGUGGAGUGGUUCUCAAAUCCAGUAUUGUGCAGUACAAGCGACAAAAUCCUGGCACAUUUUGCAUCCUGACCUGUGGAGUGUUCACCUGUUUGGCUGUCAUUGGACGCUACAUUCCUGGAUUGGUGCUCUCCUACUCUGCGUUGUUAGCUACUCUCCUGGCUCCUCUGGCAGCCUAUCACAGGGUUUUUCAGCAUGUUGGCGUGAAGGUGGAACCAGUCCUGCAGCGGCUGGACUUCAGCGUUCGUGGGUACAUGAUGUCAAAGCCCAUUGAUAAUCAGUUCCUGCGCAGACCUAUACAUGGUGCAGCCUCAGGUGAAGCCAGCGACAGUGAGGAGGAGUUGGCUGCUUUCUGCCCAACAUUUGAUGAUGCUGUAGUUGCAAAGGAGCUUGCAUUGACUGACUCUGAGCAUUCUGAUGCUGAGGUUUCUUAUACUGACAAUGGAACAUUUAACCUAUCACGUGGCCAGACCCCACUGACAGAAGGCUCUGAGGAUUUUGACAGGCAUAGCGAUGCUGAAGAAUCCUUUGCCCAAGACCUCCCAGACUUCCCCUCUAUAAACCCUGAUGCCACUUUGAUGGAUGAUGACGAUGACACGAGCAUUGGGCUACCUAGCCUUGGUCCAUCUGGGCUAGCUAGUCACCGGGCUUCAGUGCUGGAUGUGGAUGGUCAUCUGGACUCGGACCAGGAGGAUCUGGAUGCUGAACUUUCUCUCAGCGGCCUGCCAAUUGCCUCUAAUAUCACUGGAGACUUGGCUGGAGUCAUUGCCAGCAACAUGCUCCAGGCGGCGCUGGCUGGAGCGAUUCAACCUCGUCCUCCUGCUACCCAGCGCAGAGAAGGUCCCCCGAGGGCUGGGGCCCACCGAAGCUAUCGCAAGCAGUCCAGUUCCGAGCUGGACACGGACUUGGACGGAGAGGAUUUUGAAAUGCUUGAUCAGUCUGAACUAAACCAGCUGGAUCCCCUCGGUGAAGGUGGGGGCACUAGACGGGGAGAGAACCAGGGGCCUAACUUCUUGUCUACCCUGCUUGGUAAACCACAGUAAGAGCAGCCCUGGUCGUUAAUGAACCUGAGCCUCACGGCAGAAGAUGCUUCUUUAUUCGCAUGUGAAUAAGUUCAGAUGAUUUUUUUUUUUUUUUGUUUUCUUGCCCUUUAAUAUGGCUCAAUGAUCUUGUGUUCAUGUUUAAUCCCUGAAAUGAGCCCUCAGCUUUUUGUGUGUUUGCUUUUUUCUUUUUUUUUUUUUGAAAAGUAAUAUUUAAAAUAGUCUCUUUAUGUUUUACCAUUCUUGUAUUUUAUCUGGUUGACCUUCAAGCUGACCUUUUUUAAGAGAAAAAUUAUAUUCUCAAGGCUCUUUUACAGUCUUGAUAGGUGACCAUGUUUACAUCACAUUUGGAUAGAAAGUUAUCCUCAUAUCAUUUUUUAAAGUGUUAUUUUAUAGUGGCUUUUCUGCUGGUCAGCCUGAUUUCCUCUACAUGGUCAAACCGUGUGUAUAGCAUUUUAGAGUGCAAAUGCCACUUGAAACCUCCACGAGCCACAGCUGAGAUUUACUGAAAUGCAAAUAUGAAAAAGUAAAAUGCUGGUUGCUGUGUGAAAAUUGCUGAAAAUAAAAAAAAAAUAUCAAUAAAAGUUAGUUGGCCUUGGUUUUUACCAUCUCAGUUAACAAGAUUGUUCUCCAGGCUGUUCCAUGAAAGGUCCUCAGUGUGAUUUGUAGGCUGUUGAGUAUGUAAUGUGCAUAGUAGUGUAUUUUCUUCUCUGUAACUGGUUUUGAUAUGUUUUGAUGUGCAAAUCAUAUUGAA